UCCAGCAGCAAGCAUCAGCAAUACAAGUGUUGGAAUCCCAAUAAUUGUGAUCUUCUACACUUGCGACGCAGAGGAGGUUGGUCAACACUUGUAAACCAUAUGGCGUCGGCACGCAUCGCCACGGCAUUUACCCGCCGCUCUCUCACUCACCGCUUUGCUGCCACAAGAACUCAACCGCGCUCUCUAUUUUGUUGCCAGGCACAUCAGAUGAGUACGGACGCAAGCAGUGUUGCUGCUCGUCUCAGCAGCUCGGGGUUCAUUAGAAGCCAGGGUUUCAUUGGUGGCAAAUGGACUGAUGCAUACGAUGGUAAAACUAUUGAGGUCAUCAAUCCUGCAACAGGCGAGGUUAUAACAAAUGUUUCAUGCAUGGGUGCUAGGGAGACAAAUGAUGCUAUUGCUUCAGCGCAAGAAGCAUUUGUUUCUUGGAGCAAGGUAACCGCUGCUGAAAGGAGCAAGUGUUUAAGAAAAUGGUAUGAUUUGUUGAUGUCCCACAAAGAAGAGCUCGGUCAACUUAUGACCUUAGAGCAAGGAAAACCUCUAAAAGAGGCCAUUGGUGAGGUUGGCUAUGGAGCAAGUUUUGUGGAGUUUUUUGCAGAAGAAGCCAAGCGAGUUUAUGGGGACAUCAUUCCAGCAACAUUACCUGAUCGUCGGUUGUUUGUUGUAAAACAGCCAGUUGGAGUUGUUGGGGCAAUUACACCAUGGAACUUUCCUUUGGCAAUGAUUACACGCAAGGUUGCCCCUGCCCUUGCAUGUGGAUGUACUGUUGUCGUGAAACCCUCAGAAUUUACUCCAUUGACUGCAUUAGCGGCGGCGGAACUCUCUGUUCAAGCUGGGAUACCACGUGGUGCAGUGAAUGUUGUAAUGGGAAAUGCUUCUGAAAUUGGGGAUGCUCUAUUAGCAAGUCCUCAGGUGAGAAAGAUAACAUUCACAGGCUCGACAGCUGUGGGAAAAAAAUUGAUGGCAGGUGCUGCAGCGACUGUCAAGAAGGUCUCCCUUGAGCUUGGUGGAAAUGCACCCUGCAUAAUUUUUGAUGAUGCUGAUCUUGAUGUGGCUGUGAAAGGAGCUUUGGCAAGUAAAUUCCGGAACAGUGGACAAACAUGCGUCUGUGCAAAUAGAGUGCUAGUACAAGAAGGAAUUUAUGAGAAGUUUGCAGAUGCCUUCUCAAAGGCUGUUAAGAAUAUGAAAGUUGGGCAUGGCUUUACCGAAGGUGCAGUAGAUGUGGGACCUUUGAUUAAUGAUGCUGCAAUGCACAAGGUUGAAUCGUUUGUGCAAGAUGCCAUCUCAAAGGGAGCUAAAGUCCUUGUUGGCGGCAAGAAACACAGUCUCGGGAUGAGAUUUUAUGAGCCCACGGUGCUGACUGAUAUAAAAAAUGAGAUGAUUUUAGCAAGGGAGGAAAUAUUUGGGCCAGUUGCGCCUCUUCAGAAAUUUAAGACAGAGGAAGAAGCUAUUCGCCGGGCCAAUGACACUAAUGCAGGUCUGGCUGCAUACAUCUUUACAACAAACAUGCAACGCUCAUGGCGUGUCUCUGAAGCUCUUGAAUAUGGAUUAGUUGGAGUUAAUGAAGGAUUAAUUUCUACAGAGGUUGCUCCAUUUGGAGGUGUGAAACAAUCAGGCCUUGGCCGUGAGGGAUCAAAAUACGGGAUUGAUGAAUAUCUGGAAAUGAAAUAUAUAUGCAUGGGGAACAUGAACUAAGUUGUUGGCCAUAAAUCGGAACGGAUCGGAUACACCAAUAAAGGCCCGACUGUCUGCGCUUUAAUAAAGCAGCUAGGUAUGGUGGUUGCAUCGUCAAACCCCUACCCCGAGCUUUGUAAACAGCCUUGUACAGUUGAGAUGCACCAUUUAUUUUUAAGUUUUUGUACUGUUCCCAGAAAAAAAACGAAUUCUCUUUCUUGCACCCUUGUUUUAUGUCAUGAACUAUUUGUAGGGAA